UAUUCAGUUUACAAAAACCCAGAAAACCUAAUAAUGGAUAUCGGGUCACUUUUACAGGAUACAUGUCCUGGAAACCUACAGGGUCUGUCAGGAUAUUUUUUUCUGACUUUAUUAAACAGUUUAAUGAGUUCCAAGUGCAAAUUAGGUAACACCAACGACUACACAGAAGACUAUGCGCCCAGAUUGAAAGAUGGAGAUGAGUUUGACUUUAUAGUGGUAGGUUCUGGAUCAGCUGGAGCAGUGGUAGCGAAUAAGCUAAGUGAAAAUCCCAACUGGAAAGUGUUGGUUCUAGAAGCUGGAGGUUAUCCAUCAGCAUCUAGUGAUAUACCGGCACUUGUAUUUGGUGGCCCAACUGAAGAAGAAAACUGGCAUUACCGAGCGGAACCCUCUCCGCAUUCUUCCCUAGGAUUCAAAGACAAGCAAUCUAUAUGGCCAAGGGUAAAGGUCUUGGAGGCACCAGCAUUUUAAAUGCCAUGAUAUACAUUAAAGGAAAUAAAAGAGAUUACGAUACUUGGGAGAAACUGGGAAAUACAGGAUGGGGUUGGGACACUGUAAAAGAACAUUUUAAGAAUUUGGAAAAUAUGCAAGCUGAAGGGGUUAGUGAUGAGUAUGGAAGGGGUGGUUAUAUGACACUUAAUAGAUAUCCUUCAGAUCAACCAAUUGCCAGCGCAAUAAUAGAGGCCUUCAAAGAAAUGAGAUUACCUCUUCUCAAUGAGGAAAACCCGGCAAAUCCUCUAGGAGUAUUGACAGGUUUUCAAUGUAUCAAAGAUGGAAUUAGAUUCAAUACAGGAAGAGCAUUUUUGGGCCAAGUUAAAAGCAGAUCAAACCUUAUGACUGCUUUGCACUCUUUUGUACAGAAAGUAAAUAUAAAUCGAAAGAGCAAAUCAGCAACCGGAGUGCAAGUCAAUGUUAGAGGAACAAUUAUAAACGUAAAAGCUAAGAAAGAGGUUAUAGUUUCCGGUGGAACCGUCAACUCACCACAGCUGUUGAUGCUAUCUGGUAUAGGGCCGAAAAAUCAUCUUGAAAAAGUGAACGUGGAUCCCAUUAAAGAUCUGCCCGUUGGUGAACACUUAGAAGACCAUACAUUGCAUGCCGGAUUUUUCGUGAAGGUUAAUCCCGAAAUACAACUUAUAGAUAAUCAGCUAGAUACGAUCUACAAGUACUUCGCCCACCAAGAAGGAAAAUUAGGAACUCUCAUGAUCACCAACAUCAUGGCAUCAGCGUUUCCAUCAGUAAUGGGACUAAAAAAUGAGAUCUUAGCAAAUAUAAAUGAUGCGAUUGAAAAAAAAUCAGUGCUGGGAAUUACCUCUACCGUACUUAAUCCAAAGUCUCAAGGAAAAAUUUUGUUAAAAACCAGUAAUGCCAACGAUAAGCCAUUAAUCUAUUCUGGAUAUUUAUCAGAUCAAAAUGGUGAGGAUAUGGCCAUCAUGCUGGAAUCUUUAAGAUUUUUGGAAAAUCUUAUAGAAACUUCCUCUCUGAAAAAGUAUGAUCCACAAAUAAUGCAGUUGAAUCUUCCAGAAUGCGACAAAUUUGAGUUCCGUUCAGAUGACUAUUGGAAGUGCUCAAUAAGAUAUCUCACUACAACUAUCUUCCAUCCCACAGGAACCUGCAAGAUGGGACCCUCAGACGAUGGAACUGCUGUGGUUGAUCUAGAGUUGAGAGUGUUUGGAAUCGAUAACUUAAGAGUGGCUGAUGCUAGUAUUAUGCCAAAUAUAAAUAAGACAGACAAGACACCAAGGGAUACUGCAAGAACUAGAAGGAGGAAGAGAAAUGUCCGAGAAAGUAAAGAAAAUACUUUCGGGAAAAGCGUGUCUAGAGUGAUGACAAAAGGGGGCACUGCCAAAAAGAGAAUCUUAGUGCAGAAAAGCCCACCAGACAGUACGACAGAAGCAAUUAAGAAGGCAGUAGUGGAAGCUGCAGGCAAAGAACAGGCCAGUGACAUAGUCAGAGCCUGGACAGAAGGACGAGGCGACGCGAAAGGUAUGAAAAGCGCUAUGAUAGAUGUCGACGAAGACGCUGUUGAAAAAGUUGAAAAAGUAUAUGAAAAGGAUACGAGUGGACUUUACAUCUUGUCAAAUGGUGGAAGCAAGGGCAAAGAUACCCAGAUGUAG